UCCGAUCGCCAGUCUCAGCCCCCGUAUAUGUGUGCCAGUGUCUGUGCCAGUGCGUCUGUGUGCGUUAGCGUGUGUGUGUGCCCGUGUGUGGCUAAAUAAAAAUACCACAAUUAGAAAGCCCAAAAUCGAAAAGGUCUGGCCGAAAUUAGAUCAUUUUUUUGAAGUGCUCGCAGUGUGAUCUAACAAAAGAAGGCAACUAAAAUACAAAAGAAAUUCAACUUAAUGUAGGUGCUGGGAGAAACAAUAAUACAUAUUAAAAAUUUAACUCACAAAGAGAAUUAUUUUGCAGAUUGACCAAAUGAGCUGACAAUGAUCGGAUUGAAAGCGUCGACUCUUUGAGGCAGGCAUUGAAAUCAAACCAGAAACCCACGAAACCCGCCGGCAACUGAAUCCACUGAAUACUGGCAACCAAAGAGAGGCCCUGAAAUACCUUGUGCCCAGCUAGCAGCUGCAAUAAUGCACAUUUCUGCUGAGGUCAGUUCGACCACCUCAAAUCAAAUACAGCAGCAACAGCAGCAGCAGCAGCAGCAGCAACACCAGCAGCAGCAGCAGCAGCAAAACCAGCAGCAGCAGCAUCAGCACCAGCACCAGCAGCAACAUCAGUUGCUGCAGCAACAACAACAGACAGCAACAACGACCACAACGAAGCGGCGAAAUGCUGAGUCCUCUGCCAACAAUAACAACAAUUCCAGCACAAACAACAACAACAAUAACACCACAACGAAUAACAACAACAACAAUACGACAACGAACAACAACAACACAAAUAAUAAUAAUGUUAAAACAAAGCCCGUGGACACGAGUCCCUACUUGACCCCGGAGAACCUCAUCGAGCGCACCGUCGAUGUCCUCCUCGCCGAACAUCCUGGCGAGCUGGUCAAGACGGGGUCACCACAUGUGGUCUGCACCACCUUGCCCACCCACUGGCGCUCAAAUAAAACCCUACCGAUCGCCUUCAAGGUGUUGGCUUUGGGCGAGGUCAUGGAUGGCACUAUAGUCACCAUAAGGGCUGGAAACGAUGAGAACUUCUGCGGGGAGCUGAGGAAUUGUACGGCGGUGAUGAAGAAUCAGGUGGCCAAGUUCAACGAUCUGCGAUUUGUUGGCAGGAGUGGAAGGGGCAAGAGCUUCACCCUGACGAUUGUCAUCUCGACGAACCCCAUCCAAAUAGCCACCUACACGAAGGCCAUCAAAGUGACCGUGGAUGGACCGAGGGAGCCGAGAUCCAAGGUGCGACACCAAGGAUUCCAUCCGUUCGCCUUUGGGCCACAGCGCUUUGGACCGGAUCCACUUAUGGCCGGAUUGCCCUUCAAGUUGCCAGGAUUUGCCCACCACCUGGUGGGGAUGCACAGUCACCUGCAUGCUCCCGAUUGGCGGGCCCACAUGACCUUGGGCGGACGUCCUGCCGCCUUUCCCGCCGCCCCCUUCUUCGGCCACCAUGCUGCCUUUCCCACGGCGAGUGGCUUGCGUGGAUUGAGCGGGGACAACCAGCAGCAUCAGCAGCAACAGCAGAUGGCCACCGUGGGUGCGGCACACAGCACCACCAGUCCGGAGGGAUCGCCAACCACCACCACCACGAGCGGCACUCAGCUGAGCGCCUUUGUCCAGCCGCCGAUGACGUCAUCGCCGCCGCCGGUGACCAGUUUGCAGCACGACAAUAACAACAACAACAACAACAACAACAAUAGUAACAGCCACAUUGAUGCGGGCUUCGAAAGUGAUAGUAUUUCGGUGACGGGAUCGCCGAGAAAGAGCCUCGGCUCUCCAUUGACCCACGAUGAGGAGGAGGCGGAAGCGGAGGCGGAGGCGGAGGAGGCGGAAUUGGGUGGCCUAAAUCUGAACACCGCCGCCGUUCAGGGUUCGCUGGGUGAAAGUUCACCCGGAACGGGUGGCGCCUUCACCGCUCUAAUCCAACGCAGCGGCAAAAAUCCCACAGACUUAUUUGGCGGCUUUGCGGGAGCUGGUGGCAAUCACUUUGCCCCCGGUGGCCACAGCUUCAAUCCCGCUCUGGCCGCCCAGCUCUUCCUGCAGAGUCCGCUGCUGCCGCAAUCCAGUCAGUGGUUGUACACGCAACUCUAUGGCAGCUACAGUGAUCUCCCGUGGCUGAGGAACGCAGCUGCUGCAGCGGCGGCCAAUAUAAAUCCAAGCCAGGAAACGGGAGUGCCUCCCUUGAGCAGUAAUCCCGAUCACGAUGGCGUGAACUUGAUCAAGCGGUGCGUCACUCUGAUCACCCACAAUCCGCCGGAUGCGGAAAAUGCCAAUCCGAAUGCCUCGCCGCCGGUCAGUUCCACUCGGAGAUCCCCGUCGCCCGUGGAAACGAUCGAUUUGGAUGAUGUCAGCACCACCUCGCGAUCAGCCAGUGGUUCGAGUGGUGGCGGUGGUGGUGGCAGUGGCAGUGGCAGUGGUGCGGGUGGACCCAUCAGGACGCGAACUCCCAAACCGUCAGCGGAUGUGUGGCGUCCUUACUAGCGGCUGGCGGCCGCCUUGCUCGGCACUUGCCUGGCGGCCCAAGGACAGGGGGGCGGUGGCGGUGGCGGUGGCGGUGGUGACGGUACCAGUACCGCUCAUGAGUAGCGGGAUUACCGGAACACUUAGCUGGCUCUAAAAUUAUAUAUAUAUAUAGGAGUAAAAGAAUAAGGCAGCAGCGAGCUUGUGGUGUUGUGAAUAGUCGCCAUAUCGCAGCUGGCGGGGAUUGCGACUUGAAUUAGUUAGAUAUAUUAAAAAAAACGAUCUCAUAUAAUUCAAUACAUUUUGAAAGGUUUAUUAGGUUUUAACCAAUUAUUGGGCAGGUCAUAAAGUUAAUCAAAAAAUGUACCUUCAAUUUUCUCAAAUAAUUUUUUCUUUUCCUUAUUAAAGUUUUGAAAUAUCAAAACAGAUUUCUAGCUACAUAAACUAUAUACUGUACAACAAAGUAAUGCAAUAAGAAUAAUUCAAAUAUAAUUUUAUUGAAAUAAGUUUAUGCACAUUUCUAAUAUCCGACAAUAAGACAAGCUCUAAUAACAAAUUCAAGUUGCAAAGCUCGCAAUAAGUAAUUUUUUGUGUUUUUUUUAAUGGUCAACCCUAAUAUAAGUGGCUCACAUAUCGAAUUUAAAUCAAUUAGCAUGGCCCUAAGAAUCAAAUAAAUAUAUAUAUAAAUAGUAGAAGGCGGGGGCUCACAUACAUAAUAUAUACGAAUAUAUACGAGAUUUAUGUACAUUGAACAUAUAUAUUGCACUGUAUUUCCCCCUCCUAAAUCAAUAUUGCAAAAAUUAUACGUAGACGUUUAAGAAAGGAACAUUUUUUUUUGCAAAACACGCAAACGUAAGAUUAUAAUAACGGAAUGAAUAAAUAAU